AUGAAAAGUAAUGAAUUGGAUAGAAAAAAAUCAUCAAGUUCUUCAAAUGGGUAUGAAGAUUUAAGAAAGAGCAAAGAUAGAGUGAAGAAUACUAAUAAUAACAUAGAUAAUGUAAGAAUAAAUAAAAAAGAUAAUGAAAAAAAUUCUAUGAAAAUUAAAGAAAAAUUAAAAAAAUUAAAACAUCAUAGUAAAAGAGAGAAUAGUAAUUCAAUGAUAUAUCAAAAGAACCAUUUAAGAAAAAAAGAAAACUAUUCUGAAAAAUAUGAAAUAGAAAAAAGUAAUAGUAGCAAUACAAGUGAUCUAUUAGUAAAUAAAAAAGAUAAACAAAAAAUUAGAGAAAAUCUGAUAAAAAAGUUAGAAAAGUUUAAAAGAGAAAAUAGAAUAUAUGAUAAUAAAUAUAAAAGUAGUAGUAAUGAUCAAAACAGCUUUAGUGAUAAAGAAAGCAGUAGUAGUGAUAAAAGAAAAGAAAUCAUUAAUAAACAUAGAAGACAUACUACUAGUGUUAGUAGAAGUAUUAGUGAAAAUAGAAGUACAUUUACUAGUUAUAGCAAUAGUAGCGCAUUUACAAAAAGUGAAAGAAGCAAUACUGGUAGCAGCUUCUAUGAAAAAAAAAAACACAGUUCUAGAAAAAGUUUUUCAAGAGAUAGCAAAGAUAAUUCUAGAGACAACAAUAAUAUUAAAACUAAAAGAAGAAAUACAAAUAUAUAUAAUAAAAGCCUAAGUAGAUCUUUAUCAUCAGCUUCAUUACAAAACAGUUAUACGAAAUCGCACAAAGAAAUAAUAUCAAAUGAUAUGGAUAACUCAUUUAAAAAAAAGGAGAAAAAAAAAAGGAAUUUCGACCAUGAAGAUAAUGAUUACCUAUAUAAUAAAAAUGAUGAAACAAAAUAUAAGUUGGAUGAAAAGCACCACAAUAAUAUACAUAAAAAAAAAAAAUUUUCGCAUAAUGAUAAUAUGACUUUUAAUAAAGCAGGGAGAAAUUCUAAAUAUCUAUAUAAUAAAAUAACAGGAGAAAAAAUAGAAGUGAAAUAUUCUAGAGUUCCAUUAGGAUAUCAUACAACUAAGGAAAGUUGGAUGAAUUACACUAAAUGGUUACAAAAAAAAAAUGAUUACAGAUUCAGUUUACAUUUUGAUGAACAUAAAAUUUUUAGAAAAUCAAGUUCCUUAUCACCAACUACAUGGGAAAAUUAUGUAAAAAUUUCAGAAGAUGAAGACGAAGGCGAAGACGAAAAUGAAGAUAAAAAAAAGGAAAAAACUGAAGAAAUAAAUGAAAAAAUUGAAAAUAAGGGAAAAGAAGAAAAUACGGAAGAAAAUAAAAAAAAUGAAUUAAAUAAUAAAUCUAAGGACAAAAAAUUAAAAAAGGAACACGAUAAUAAUACUUUGGAAAGUUCUAGAGAUUUAACAAUUUCGUCAUCAGUAUCUUAUGACAAAAUAGAAAGUGUAAAUUCUAAAAAAAAGAAAGUGAAAAAACAUAGUAGCAAAUCGAGAAAAGAAAAGAAAAAUGAAGAAAAAAAAAAAAAAAAAAAAAUUAAAAAAUAUCAUAUAGAUAAAAAAAAUUAUAAAGAGCACAAAUUGCAUAAAGAAAAAAAAAAAGAAAAGAAAAGAAAGAAACACCAUAAAAAAGAUGAUAGUUUGGAUAAAAAGAGAAAUAAAAGGAAACAUAAAUCACAUAAAAAAAAUAAAUUAAAAGAUAAUAAAAAAUAUGAUAAAAAAAAUAGAUCAAAGUAUAAAAAAAAUAGAAAACAUUUAACGAACACAGAUAGUGAUGAAGGAAACGAAUCUGACACAUCAGAGCAGACAUCUACAUCUGUAACUUCAUUAUCUUUUCUUAAUGAAGAAUAUGAUUUUGUUGAUAAAAACAUGACUAUCGAAAAUAAAAAAAAUAAAGAACAGGUUCGUGAAGACAGUUGUGAUUUUAUCAAGGAUAAUCAAAUAAAUAAACGAGAGGAAGAGAAUAAAGAAAACAAAUUAGAAAAUAUACCAAAAGAAAAAACAAAGGAAUGUGAAGAAAAUGUUUUCUAUAAAAACAAUAAUUUAAAAAUUAUUGAAAAAGAAAUAUCUUGUGAAAAAGAUAAAACAGAUAAAGAAGCAUAUCUUUAUUCCGAUAAAUCGUCAGAUAACGAAAGUUUAGGCCCCAAACCAUUAGAUGUAAAUGUUAAGUUAGCGAAUAGACAAAUUGAUUAUGGUGUCGCUAUGAUGCCUGGAGAAGGUCAAGCAAUAGCGCAAUUCGUUCAAAAAGGAAAAAGAAUUCCAAGAAGAGGAGAAGUUGGAUUAUCGGCUGAAGCUAUUGAAAAUUUCGAAAGUCUUGGAUAUGUUAUGAGUGGAUCAAGGCAUAAAAGAAUGAAUGCUAUUCGUAUGAGAAAAGAAAAUCAAGUUUAUAGUGCAGAAGAACAGAGGGCAUUAGCCAUGUUUAAUUAUGAAGAAAGAACCAACAGAGAAAAUGCUUUAAUUAAUGAUCUAAAAGAAAUAUUAAGAAAACAAAAUGAAGCUAUAUUAAAUGAAACAAUAAAUAAAAAUGAUAAUAACUAA